AUGGCAAUGAAAGAAGAUUAUUAUGAUUACCUGUUUAAAAUUGUUCUCAUUGGAGAUUCAGGAGUAGGAAAAUCAAACCUACUUUCAAGAUUUACAAGAGACGAAUUUAAUUUAGAAAGCAAGAGCACCAUAGGUGUAGAAUUUGCUACGAAAAGUAUUCAAUUAAAAAAUAAUAAAAUUAUAAAAGCCCAAAUAUGGGAUACAGCAGGUCAAGAAAGAUAUAGAGCAAUUACCUCUGCUUAUUAUCGAGGAGCAGUUGGUGCGUUAUUAGUAUAUGAUAUAACAAAAAAAAAUUCAUUUGAAAAUAUUGAAAAAUGGUUAAAAGAAUUAAGAGAUAAUGCAGAUUCAAAUAUUGUAAUUUUAUUAGUUGGUAAUAAAAGUGAUUUAAAGCAUUUACGUGUUAUUAAUGAUAAUGAUGCUACACAAUAUGCGAAAAAAGAAAAGCUGGCAUUCAUAGAAACAUCUGCUCUUGAGGCAACUAAUGUAGAGCUAGCUUUUCAUCAAUUAUUAAAUGAAAUUUAUAAUGUAAGACAAAAAAAACAAGCCACAAAAAAUGAUGAUAAUUUAUCCAUACAACCUAGGGGGAAAAAAAUUAAUGUGGAUGAUGAUAAUGAUAAAAACGAAACGAAAAAAAAAAACAAAUGUUGUUGA